UUGCCUCUCGGUCGGAUUCGGGUAGCCGGAAUUGUUCGUGCGGAUUGAGCCCUUUUCUAAGAGCAUGGCGGCGGCGGAGGCAGAGGCAGAGAUAGCAGUAGCUUCCACCCAUGACGGCGGCACAGAGAGAAGACGCCAUCAGUGUGGUGGGAGCGGCGACGCAUAUCGGGAGCGGCUGGACGACGACGGAGUUCGGACCCUCACUUCGGCGGAGCAGACAAAAGUGGAAGAUAUUGUUCAAGAAGUUUUUGAUGUUUACAAAAGAAAUCAUCACGACACCCAGUAUGUUUUGCAACAAGAGAAACAUUUCCACUACUUGAAGAGAGGACUGAGGCAAUUGACUGAUGCCUAUGAGUGUCUGGAUGCCAGCCGUCCAUGGCUGUGCUAUUGGAUCCUGCAUAGCCUGGAGCUCUUGGGGGAACCAAUCCCAGAUUCAGUAGCAUCAGAUGUGUGCCAAUUCCUGAGCCACUGUCAGAGCCCAAACGGAGGCUUUGGAGGAGGACCAGGCCAACACCCACAUCUUGCUCCAACAUAUGCAGCUGUGAAUGCUCUCUGUAUUAUUGGCACUGAAGAGGCCUACAAUGCUAUCAACAGAGAGAAGCUUCUGGAAUACCUGUAUUCCCUGAAGCAGCCUGAUGGCUCCUUUAUCAUGCACCUAGGAGGUGAAGUUGAUGUCCGAAGUGCCUAUUGUGCUGCAUCCGUAGCUUCCCUUACCAACAUUAUUUCACCAUCUCUCUUUGAAAAAACUGCAGAAUGGAUCGCAAGAUGUCAAAACUGGGAGGGCGGUAUCGGUGGUGUCCCCGGAAUGGAAGCCCAUGGAGGAUACACAUUUUGUGGAUUGGCAGCCUUGGUCAUUCUCAAAAAUGAACAAGUUUUGAAUUUGAAAAGUUUAUUACACUGGGUUACAAGCCGUCAGAUGCGUUUUGAAGGAGGGUUUCAGGGUCGUUGUAACAAGCUGGUGGAUGGCUGCUACUCAUUCUGGCAGGCUGGUUUACUGCCUCUCCUACAUCGAGCUUUGCAUGCCAAAGGUGAUCCCGCUCUCAGUAUGACACACUGGAUGUUUGACCAACAAGCUCUUCAAGAGUAUAUCUUGUUGUGUUGCCAAUGUCCUGCAGGAGGUCUUUUGGAUAAGCCAGGAAAGUCUCGAGAUUUUUACCAUACAUGCUACUGCCUGAGUGGGUUGUCGAUAGCACAGCAUUUUGGCAGUGGAGAUCUUUUACAUGAAGUUGUGCUAGGAGUGCCAGAGAAUCGCUUGCAGCCAACGCAUCCUGUCUACAACAUCUCCCCUGGCAAAGUGAUGCAAGCUGUGAUGCACUUCCUGAAAAAGCCAAUUCCAACUACUAGAGAAGAGACUUUUACUAACUGAGCCUUUUCGCUGCCCUUAGAGAGACUCUGCAGUGUACUGUCCUGAUGUUCAGCGCAAUAAUGCUGCUGCCUAUCGUCUUGGAUGAUGUGGGACUUGAGCCAUGAAGCUAACUUGCUUGGGCUCUACUUUGUGCGUGCGUGUCUGUCUUUUGAGAGAGCUUUGCUAGCCAUACCAAAAAUAUACCAGUUUUUUAAAAGAACGGAAUAGCUGAUUGGCUCUGUGAUGGUGUAUGGUUGGUCAUGCUGGGUGCUCACUUAGGCAGGAAGCUCUCUCAUUAAGGAGCAGCUUUGUUUUUGAAACAAUGCAGCAUGUUACUAUCGUAAGCAUCUGGCAAAGCAGCUCUGUUGUUUCAUUUGCACUAUGCUAAGCAUCAUGGGGGUGGGAGGAUUGGGGGUGAGGUGGGGUGGGGGUGCAGCUUCAUCAUCAGCUGCAUACUGGCUUGGCCAGAGAUGGUACAUUGAUCUCCUGCUCUGGAAAGCAGUUUCUUUAUUUGGCUAUUUACAUUCCCUGAGGAAUUCUAAACAUUUCUAGCCAGGAGAUUAGUUUCCCAGCUAUUGGAUACAUCAAGAGAAAGAAAACCAAGCCAAAUGGUGUAUGCAUAUCCUGAGUAUGUAGUUCUGUAUCACAUGUUGGAGCACGCUGGGGAAGUGUGGUCUUGAACAUUGGUACUUUUUGCCUAGAGCAAAAAGAGGGAGAUAAGGAUGCUUCUGCAAGAUUUUAUUUCCCUUGCAAAUUGCUUGUCCAGGGAUGGGAUUGAUAAUACAAUGAUGUUUAUGCAUUUUAUAAGAUAUAUACAGUAUAUAUAAAUAAAACUAUACAGUACAUUCA